CCACUGGAAGAGAGCCAUACUUUUGCACAGAGUUUAUACUCUGGAAGAAGAUGGCUCUUCACCACCUAUGGAUCUUGCUCCUUUGUCUACAAACCUGUCUGGAAGCAGCUGGAAGUGACACAGACAUCUUCAUGGUGAAUGGGAUUCUGGGGGAGUCAGUUACUUUCCCCUUAAAUAUCCAACAAUCACAGAAAGUUAUCAGCAUUUCUUGGAAUUCCAAAACAUCUGUCGCUUUUGUAACACCAGGAAACUCAGGAACAGCACCCACAAUUUCCAUAACCCACCAAAAUUACCAUAAACGAAUAAAUGUCUCAGGUCAGAACUAUAACCUGGAGCUCAGAAAUCUGAGGUUGGAAGACUCAGGGAUCUACAAAGCCGACAUAAAUGUAAAGACCUCUGAAAUGAUCACCACCACCACCAGGUGCUACAAUCUUCAAGUCUAUCGUCGGCUUGGGAAGCCAAAAAUUACUCAGAGUUUAAUGACAUCUGUGAAUAGCACCUGCAAUGUCACACUGACGUGUUCUGUCGAGAAAGAAGAAAAGAAUGUGACAUACAGUUGGAGUCCACUGGGGGAAGAAGGCAAUGUUCUUCGAGUCUUCCAGACCCCUGACAACCAAGAGCUGAUUUACACGUGUACAGCAUGGAACCCUGUCAGCAACAAUUCUGACUCCAUCUCUGCCCAGCAGCUCUGUGCAGACAUCGCAAUGGGCCUCCAUACUCACCGCACUGGGCUGCUGAGUGGGCUGGCUGUGCUCUCUCUACUUCUAAUCAUUCUACCUUCAGUGAUUUUGUUCCUUUUGCACAAAAGAGGACAAGGUUCCUACUUGAAGACCUUCAGUAAGAACCCUGAUGCUGCCUCAAAGAAAACAAUAUACACAUAUGUCACAGUUCCAAGAGACACCCAGACAGCAGAGCUCAGGAUCUAUGAUGAAAUCCCCCAGUCCAAGGUGCUCCCCACCAAGGAGGAGCCAGUGAACACGAUUUAUUCCAUAGUGCAGUACUCUGAUAAGAUGGGGAAAACCAACACUCAGGACAGCAAACCUCCUGGGACUUCAAGCUAUGAAAUUGUGAUCUAGGCUCCCAGAUGGAAUUCUCCCCAUGGAAACUGAGCUACAACCAUACCUACUGGCAGAUGCUCCAGACCUAGACUUGCUCUGCCCAGAUCUUACCUGGAGAUUGCAAAUCACCAGAUCCCAACACGUAAGCAAAGAAGCAGACACUUUGUUGCUGGGCAUAGCUCAUGCCUAGAUAAGCAAAUGGAUACAUGCCCUUUCUGAAAUUGCUCCCUUCCUGAUGAAUGACAAGGAAGGUCCUUUGGCACAGUGCUUCCCACCCUUCUUCACAUCGCAGCACAUGGAGAAAAUAUUUUUGUGGCCCAAUGGGGUAAACAGUAAAGAUUGCUCAUGGCUGGAGGCUGUGUAUGACCAGAGGUGAUGACUCUUCCCAGCAACCCCAUAUGUGAAGGAUCCACAUUUUGCACACCUAUAAUCUGCCAUGACACACCACUUAGGAGCCUCUUCUCACACUCAAUAUAUGGGAGGAGCCCUGGUCCAUGGCUUCCCCAAGUCCACACAGCACCUUGGGCAGAUGAGCCCCUCACUUGAGUACAUGGCUUGGCGUGUACUGCAUUUCAGCCUCUGUUUGUCCCUUUGCCUGGGAAACUUUGUUCAGGGUACACCUGGCUGGACCAGCCCAACCCUAUGUAACUGUGUGGCAUGGGAAGCCAUCAGAGUUGUGGCUCUCAGCUGUGCAGACACAGUCUCCCAAUAGAGUGUUGGAAAAUGCUCUUUCUGUAGGAACUAGACUGCUGAGGCAUUUUUCUUCAGGCUCCACUUCAGAAACCUCAUAAUAUAUUUUUUCUGGCCAAGUUUUCCUUCUAUAUCACUCUGUGAUUGUUAAUUUUAUGCAUCAACUUGAUUGGACCAUGGGGUGCCCAGAUAUCUGGUUAAACAUUAUUCAGGCUGUGAGUUUGAGGGAAGAGGUAAACAUUUGAAUUGGUAGACUGAGUAAAGCAGAUUAAUUUUCCCCUCCAGUGUAGGUGGGCAUCACCAAACCCAUUGAAAACCUGAAUAGAACAAAAAGGCAGAGUAAGGGAAAAUCCAUUCUCUCUCUCUGCCUGUCUUUGAAAUGGGACAUCAGUCUUCUCCUGCCUUAGGACUUGCACAUGGACUGGAAUGUCCACGAUCAGCUCUCCUGGUUCUCAGGCCUUUGGACUCAGACCAGAACUAUACCAUCACCUCUCCAGCUUGCUGACUACAGAUCUUGGAAUUUUUCAAUCUCCAUAACCACAUGAGUCAAUUCCUUUAUAGCUAUUUCCUGUUAGAUCUGUUUCUCUGCAGAACCAGGCUAAUAGACACUCCAAACAGCCUCAUCAAGAAGAAGAAGCCAGGGCUUCCUGGUGGCGCAGUGGUUGAGAGUCCACCUGCCGAUGCAGGGGACACGGGUUCAUGCCCCAGUCCGGGAAGAUCCCACAUGCCGCGGAGCGGCU